AUGUUUAGGCAGUCACCACGUAACAACGGGCGUAACAAAGGGGUGAAAGUAAAGUAUGUUGUGCAGAUAUCUUUGUUGCUUGGUGUGAGCAUAUGGCUGCUUUACCAAGUCCAUCAUUCUGAUGACAAGAAAGUAUCGGUCACAACGAAUAAUGUCAGCAAGCUAAGGGAUGUUACUCUAGGGAGGAAAGGUCUUCGUCCCAAAGUGAAGGAAACAGACAACGUAAAUGAUGGGAAGGAAACCGAAGAACGUGAGUCAGAUGAAAAAGAAGAUGAAGAGAUUGGUCAUCAUAUGGAAAGUGAAGAGAGUGAGGAUAGGGAACACGAGGAAGUUGGGGAGAACGAGCGUGUAGAUGAUCAUGAUGAGAGCGAAGAAAAUGACGAUGGUGAUGUAAAGAAGAAAAAAAGGGGGAAUGAACGGUUUAAGAAUGAAAAAAUUCAAAUUGAACGUGAAGGUAAGAAUAGGGAGGAUCGUGGCAGUAAGAAAGAGGCGACAAAAGAAGAAAAGGCAGGCGAAAAGAGUGGAGAACAAGAACAAGGAAAUAAGGAGAAUAAAAAAGAAAACAGGAAAUUUAAUGUAAGCAAAGAGGGCAAAAAGAAAGAUGAGGGUGGAAAGAAGGAGAUGAAAGUGCACAAAAUUGAUAAGAAAGAGCAUAAACAAAGUGAUGGUGCUGAAGAGAACAAAGGAAAGGUGAACAAAGACAAGAGCAACGAGCAAAACAAAGUUGCGGUUACACAGAAAACUGAGGCAGUGAGUCCCCAUCAGAAAGAGGUAGAAAUCUCAAGUUCAUCAGAGGAUCAUGAUCAGAGUGUAAGAGACGAAAUUGAGAAUGUAGAGAAAGAAAAGGAAAGUGUGGAAGACAAUACAAUCCCAGAUUCAUAUUCGGCACCAUCCUUUGAAUCUGAGACGACAAGCUCAGUAAAGGAUGAUAGUGAUAUAGAAGGACAGGACAAGGAGCAAAUCUCGAAUGAUGAUGUGUCGGUACUAGAAGAAGAGAAGGAUGCUCUUACAGACCUAGGAACAUUGCCUGAGGGUGAAACAGGAGGAAGCAUAAGCCAUGAUGAUGCAGCUACAGAGUAGACUCAUAUCGUUUGUAGUACUUUUUUCCUGCCCAUUUUCAUUCUUUGGUGUUCUUUCACUUUUAAUGGAGUGAAUUGUUGUGUAUCAUUUGAGGUUUUUUUCUUCUUUUUAAUUGCAACCAGUUGUUUUUAACUCACAU